UAGUUGCAGUUUCCUGAGAGAAAAACCAAAAAUGGGUGCUUCUGUUCUUCAAUCGCCAGCAUUUCUAGUAGUUGUUUUAACAGCAUUUAUCACAUUGAGUAUCCUUCCUCAGCCAGUACUUGGCAUCACCAGGCACUACAAGUUUGAUAUCAAAUUGCAAAAUGUGACGCGUCUGUGCCAUACCAAGAGCAUUGUAUCAGUAAAUGGGCAGUUUCCAGGGCCUCGCAUUGUUGCAAGGGAGGGCGACCAGCUUCUUAUCAAAGUGGUUAACCAUGUCCAGAACAAUAUCUCCAUCCAUUGGCAUGGCAUUCGGCAGCUUCGAAGUGGGUGGGCUGAUGGACCAGCAUAUAUAACACAAUGCCCCAUUCAAACAGGGCAGAGUUAUGUGUAUAACUUUACCAUUGUUGGGCAAAGAGGUACACUAUGGUGGCAUGCCCAUAUAUCAUGGCUAAGAUCAACUCUUUAUGGUCCCAUCAUCAUUCUUCCCAAGCGUGGCGUUCCUUACCCCUUUGCCAAACCUUACAAGGAAGUUCCCGUCAUCUUUGGUGAGUGGUUCAAUGCAGAUCCUGAGGCAGUGAUCACCCAGGCCCUUCAAACAGGUGGAGGCCCAAAUGUGUCUGAUGCAUAUACCAUCAAUGGACUUCCAGGGCCUUUGUAUAACUGUUCAGCCGAAGAUACUUUCAAACUGAAGGUGAAGCCUGGGAAAACUUACCUUUUACGUUUGAUCAAUGCUGCACUCAACGAUGAGCUUUUCUUCAGCAUAGCAAACCAUACUCUUCAAAUUGUGGAUGUGGAUGCUAUUUAUGUUAAACCUUUUGAGACUGAAACAUUACUCAUUACCCCAGGCCAAACCACAAAUGUGCUUCUUAAAACCAAAUCCCAGUACCCAAGUGCCACAUUUUUAAUGACUGCUAGACCUUAUGUGACUGGUCAAGGCACAUUCGACAAUUCAACUGUUGCCGGCAUUUUAGAGUAUGAAAAACCUCCCAAUAAUGUUGGCUCGAUUAAAAAACUUCCACUCUUUAAACCAACUUUACCUCCUCUCAACGACACUUCCUUUGCAGCAAAUUUUACCCAAAAACUUCGUAGUUUAGCGAGUGCACAAUUCCCUGCCAAUGUGCCCCAAAAGAUUGAUAAGCGAUUCUUUUUCACAGUAGGCCUAGGAACAAGUUCCUGCCACAGUAACCAAACCUGCCAAGGCCCUAAUGGGACGAUGUUUCAGGCUUCAAUCAAUAACGUAUCGUUCGUAAUGCCAACCAAAGCCCUACUCCAAUCUCACUUUUCCGGCCAAUCAAAUGGUGUUUACAAUCCCAAUUUUCCUAUCUAUCCACUAAUUCAAUUUAAUUAUACCGGCACCCCACCAAAUAAUACUAUGGUAAGCAACGGGACAAAGCUAGUGGUGCUUCCUUAUAACACAAGUGUGGAGCUCAUCUUGCAGGAUACAAGCAUACUUGGCGCUGAAAGCCACCCUCUUCACUUGCAUGGUUUCAAUUUCUUCGUGGUUGGUCAAGGUUUUGGAAACUUUGAUCCGAAUAAGGACCCUGCAAACUUCAAUCUCGUUGACCCUAUUGAAAGGAACACUGUCGGUGUGCCUGCAGGUGGGUGGGUGGCAAUUCGGUUCCUCGCAGACAAUCCCGGGGUGUGGUUUAUGCAUUGCCAUUUGGAAGUUCACACCAGCUGGGGUUUGAAGAUGGCCUGGAUUGUCUUAGAUGGAAAGCUUCCUAAUCAAAAGCUACCUCCUCCACCAGCCGAUCUUCCUAAGUGUUGACGUAAAUUAUUGCUAUCUUUCUUCAUUCACAGAUCUUACCAGAAAUCCACCCAAUGAGUU